UGCGCGGGGCCGGGCGGGUCACUCACCGCCCAGGAAGGUGCCCAGGAAGAGACAUUUCUUCUUGUGGCGCUUGAGGAAGCCCCACAGGGCUCCCAGCAUCCUGCCCCCGGCCCAGCCCGGCCGCCCCCAGCCGGCCCCGCGCCCGGACCAGCCGAGAGAGGCCGCCUCAGCCCCGCGGGUGCCGCCGGGAGGGGCGGGCGCGCAGACACCGACGCGCCCAGGCCGCCUCCCCGCGGUGCCGCCGCCGCCCGGCUCCCCCGGAAACAGCCGCGCCGCGCGCCGCGUUCCGGGCCCGGCCGGCGGGGGAUGGAGGAGGAGGAGGAGGCGGCGGUGGAGCGCUGGAUGGACCGAGCCCUGCGCAUGCACAGUUGCUGGAUCCCACCUACCUAGACCCCCAGCUCCCAUCCCUGGGGAGGGGGCCCUGCGGGGAGGCAAUGACUGAUGGUUGUUGCUGUGUCCUGGGCUUGCGACAGCCACCAUGACAGGGAACUGCCCCCCACCUCGAGCUAAAGAAGCAUUGGAAAAUGGGGAAGUUCCUGUUGGCUGCCUUAUGGUCUACAACAAUGAGAUCCUAGGAAAGGGGAGGAAUGAGGUGAAUGAAACUAAGAAUGCUACUCGACAUGCAGAAAUGGUAGCAAUCGAUCAGGUCCUAGACUGGUGUCAUCAACACGACAAGGAUCCUGCAGAAGUGUUUGCACACACAGUGUUGUAUGUAACUGUAGAGCCUUGUAUUAUGUGUGCAGCUGCCCUGCGCUUGAUGAAAAUCCCACUGGUUGUCUAUGGCUGUCAGAAUGAGCGAUUUGGAGGUUGUGGCUCAGUUUUGAACAUCUCCUCUGCUAACUUAACAGAUACUGGUGAACCAUUUCAGUGCAUUGCUGGUUAUCGAGCUGAAGAAGCAGUGGACAUGUUAAAAACCUUCUAUAGACAAGAAAAUCCAAAUGCACCGAAAUCAAAAGUACGGAAAAAGGAAUGCAAUAAGUGAUAGUCCUCUACUGAUGGAAAACUGAAAGAUAACAAAAUAAUGAUCUGUGGAAAAGAUCUCUUCAGUGUUCCCUUUGAUACAGCAUUUGGGUAUGGAAUGGAAACGUUCAUGAAUUUCAAAUGUUGCUCUGUAUGGUUUCACUAGUUGAACAUUAUCGGUUUCUGUCAUUUUCUAUGGCUAGUAGGUUGACUGAUUUCUAAUCACCAAACAUAGCCUUUAUGAAGAAUAUAUGGCUUCUGUUUGGUGGGGAAUAUUUUGAAUUAUAGUUCAGACUGAACUUCUUUUCAGCCAUCUGGAUUCAGCACUCCAUUGGAGUAACUGCCAUUCUGUACAGCACAUGGAUGAAUAUCUGUGUCCUUUUGUCUAUGGAGCAGCCUCUUGCUGUUAAACAGCAGGUACUUGUAGAGACUAGAUCAAUACCAAAAGUGGAUAAACAAGCCACUUAGAAAGUUACAUUCAUAUACAUACCGUACUGCAUAUUGAAUUAGAAUACAAUUAAGAGUUACAAGAGGGUAACAAAAGGACAGUUAAGCAACUAUGCUGAUCUUGAAAAUUGAGAUCAGACCAAUGUAGCAGUUCAUUGUUUUCCACUGUAUAUCUACUGUAGGCCAAACUUUCAAAGAGUUUCUGAAAAGUCACAUAUGCAAAGGCAGAUAUUUAUACAAAACUACAUGUGUGACUACUUGAUUUGCAUAAACAAAUGAUUUGCAUAAGCAAAUUCCAGUUUUGCUGCAUAGUAUUUGUACAUGAAGUUUUGGAGGUUGCCAUGAAAGUUUGUCCCUCGUACCCCUCUCUUGAAUGUUAGCAUAUAGAAAAAGAUUACAGUUAAGAAUUAAAUCCACCAGUCAGUUGGACUCAUUCUAAACUACUAAAUCAUGGCAUUUGAAAUGUGUAAUCACAAAUGUGAAAGCUAGGAAAGUAAAAUGGCAGUAAGAAAAAGAGAACAAGAUGCACGACAGUCUAUCUUUUGGAGCAUUUGUUAUUUAAAUGUCACUUACAUAUGCUUUUGCUUGGCCAUGCUGUAAUUCAUAAUCCAGAAGAGGGCCUUACUGUUCCACUAAUGAAUAAAAAGUAUAGGUCUAAGUUGAAACCUUGAUUAUAUUGCUUUUGGUGGAUAUUUAUCUUGAGGAAAAACAUCUUGUGAUUUAGUCGGUUGAUAGGCAGAAAUUUUGAGAAAUGUCUUAUUUUUUAUUAUAGAAGAGAGAUUAGAAUUCUAUGGAUACAAAAGUCAAAAUCACGGUACAAUUAAAUAUUUUCCACAAUUAGAGUAACGUUGAAAAAGCAGAAUUUUUUGUUUUUGAUGGUAAAAUAAAGAAACUCAUUUGCCACCAGUUCCCCCAACACCUUGGAAUUUAUUUUCUUUAUAUAAUUUUCUCAGUGCUUAUAUUUUACUGAAUGGAGGAAAAAGGAACUUAAAAAAAAAAAGAUUGUGCUGGGCUCCUAUAUGCUAUUUUUAAUAUUACUGUUAUUUACAAGAUUUUAAAAUUAUUCCUUUUGUUUACAUUUUCAGUCUAUUAUAUUUCCUGACCCAUUGGACCUCAGUUGCUGCUGGUCUGAGUCUUUUCUUUCCUAUAACCAAAUA